UCGGCGUGUUUGUUCAGUGAGUUCGUGAGCAAACUUUCAGAAAACCAACUGAACCUGAACACACCGCCGUCACGCUCAGCUAUUCCACACUUUUGUUCCUUCACUACUGGAUCAGAACCACAGAAACCCUUUCAGUCGGCUAUCAUGGCUGCAGUGGGCUUGGAGGUCACCGAGUCGAUGCUUCUAUCGCCAGGAGUGGCUUUCUUCAUCAUCAUCCUCUUCAUCGUCUCAGUCUUCCUCACGGCACUCUGCAGUGACUGCACCAAACGUUCUUUUGAACUGCAAGAACCUGAACCAGAGAAAAAUGCAUCAGAUCUCGUCAGAGUGGUCAAGCUAGAGGAGGUGGCGAGAGAAAACCCAAUGAUCAAUGAGAUGCAAAAUGAUGAGAAGGAAUUCAAAAGCGAUGAGGAAAAGUCCACCUCACAUUCCUCGUGGAGGCUUCAUUUGUCGGAAGGAGAGAAUGAAGCACAGCCCAAUGAGGUUCUGUCCAAUGGCAGCAUGACAGAUGUGACUACAGGGAGUGACCAAGAUGACACCACAGUUGACUCCAGUCAAGACGAGGACACGGCCGUCUCCUUCACUGCCUGGAGAAGCCACCUGAGGGCGUCCAAACUCUACAAACGAGGUGCAAGCAUAAACAGCCCUUACGACUCCAUUUACAAAAAGCACACAGCAAUGGCGGCAAAUCUCAGGAUAAGCGAGGAAACAACUCCAGCUGAGUUCCGUGAAACAGCCACGCCCACUUCUACCUUGCCUGCAUUGCAGGUAGAGAAGGAAGCAGACCCUCCACUGACGGACCAAUCAUGAUGUGAGAGUGGCGGAAGAAAGUUUACCAACAAACAGUGAGGGAUCAAACUGUAAAAUGAGAGGCGUGUUGGCAAAUGGCACACUAGGUGGAUGAUGGUGAUGACAAGCAUAUUAAUAUUUUAAACAAACAGAACUGCCUAUAAUGAAUGAGUUGAUGAUGAGUUUCAAAACAACAUGAUUGAUUUUAAAAAAAAAUCAAACACAAUGAAAGUUGCAGGAAAUGCAUGAGUAAUAAGUCAUGCAGGCGGAAAGUUUCCACUGAUGCAAUUUUGUACUGCAUGUCAAUGAGUGUCUCCCUGUUGAGAUGAUCACUAACAAGCAUGAAAAUCAUCUGUUUUUUUUGGUUCGGGAUUAGGAAGUACACUUCAUUUGAAGUUGAUUUAAAUCUAUUAAUAAUAAAUAACAGAAAUAACAAUAUCACAAAUAACAUAAGCGAUGUCACAUGUUGGGGUUUUUCUGGGCCAACUGUCGAAUGGACUCAUCAUGCAUCAGCUGUGACGGGAAUAUUUCUGCUGAGUCAGCUCUGACUCACUCGUAAACCGAGAAUAAACGUACCAACUGACAUGUAGGCCACAAAUGGUGCAACUAAUUCCCAAAAAGAUGCAAUCACUGCUUAUGAUCUUCUUGUUCAUCUGAUGUGAAGAGCAAAGUUUUAUUAGUUCUGAUUUUUUUAUUUAAUUCUUUUUAUUUCUGACAAUGCAAACUACUUGUUGAAACUUAUUGAAGACUACUGAUUUUUUUUACUAAAUCUAAAUAUGACAUGCUUGUGUGUGCGUGUGUGUGUGUGUAUUUUUUUCCAGUGAGAUUUUUAUUUGGUGGACUCUAGCUUAUUCAGGAAUUUUCUCUCUUGUACAUAAACACGUCUUAAACAGAUGAAGAUUACUGAUGGCCAUCUUUGCGUUUAAUAUGCAUAAUUUAAUGAGUAAUGCAGUUUAAUGAUUGAUAAUUUGUGUCAAACUUCUCCAUACAGUAUUGUUGUUUAACUUAUGAUCAUGGACUGUCACUAAAUGUAUAUUCUCAGACUGUAUCGACCCUCCUCAGAGCCUAGUGCCUAGCACUGGAUUCCUUCCAUUUGCAACCUUUUUUUCCCCAUGAUGUUGUGAUAACAAGCUUCAUACACUCAAGAAACCUUCGACCAAUUUGGUCAACUGAUUUAAAUGAAAGACGAAAUUAUUAAUAAUUAUCUAAAAUCAUAGCGGGACAUUAAUAUGUGAUCCUCCAGGGGAGUUUCAGUCUGGUCAAAUGAUUCACCAUGGAAUUAUCUAUUUACUGUUUCAUCAGCUUCCUCAGAAAAGUGAUGGGGCAAGAGGACACGCCUGCAACACGCCAUAACCUUAUCUGAUAGUAUGCUGUCUUGAAAAUGAAAUACUUCUUUUUGUGCAAAAAUGAU